CAUGAUUUAUAGGGACCUUUGCUUGCCUGCUCAAAUCACUUCACAUCCUAAUCUUUUCUUUCUCAGUCCUGUUAAGAUUCUUCACAAACCUCCACAGGCUUCUGAAGCCAUAUUCAGUGAAAAAAAUGAAGAAAAUUGUGCUCAAAUCAGAAAUCAAUUGUGAAAAAUGCAAGCAAAAGGUGAUGAAAACAAUUGCUAGAGUCCCAGGUGUUAAUUCUGUAAGUAUAGAUUUGAAGGAGCAGAAAAUAACUGUAAUAGGUGAUGCAGACCCUGUUGUUUUAACAACCAAGCUGAAGAUGUCAAGAUAUACAGAACUGAUGAGUGUGGGUGCUUACAAAGAAGAGAAAUCUAACAAUCCAAAAGAGGAGGUUGUGGAGGUUGUGUAUGUUGAUGUUCCUACCAGGAUUUUCCAGUACCAUUCAUAUGUUCCUGGAGGAAUGUAUAGUUUCAGUGAUGAAAAUCCCAAUGCUUGCUCUAUUUCAUGAUCAACAACACAAUAUUGCUCACAGCAACAUUGUUUAGAAAAGCUGACUCUUUUCAUUGAGUGGGCACUAGGAAUGAAUGAUUUCUAUCUAUCAACUAAGUUUUUAGUUCUUAAAUAUCA